CGCGGGUCGUGGGAGUUCCGCGCCUGAGGACCUGGCGAGGGUUGAACCAAAAGGGACUGUGGCCAGAUCUCCCACUACCUGUAGUGGAAAGAAGCUGUAGGGGGUGCGAAAGUUCCUACUAUGCAAGGGGAGCCAAACCCUAGUGCUUCCCUUAUUGACAGAACCAUCAAGAUGAGAAAAGAAACAGAAGCUAGGAAAGUGGUUUUAGCCUGGGGACUCCUAAAUGUAUCUAUGGCUGGAAUGAUAUAUACUGAAAUGACUGGAAAAUUGAUUAGCUCAUAUUAUAAUGUGACAUACUGGCCCCUGUGGUAUAUUGAGCUUGCCCUUGCAUCUCUCUUCAGCCUAAACGCUUUAUUUGACUUUUGGAGAUAUUUCAAAUAUACUGUGGCACCAACAAGUCUGGUUGUCAGCCCUGGACAGCAAACACUUUUAGGGCUGAAAACAGCUGUUGUACAGACUACUCCUCCACGUGAUCUGGCAGCAACACAAAUUCCUUCCUCUCCACCUCAUUCAAUUCAGGGUCAGAGUGUGUUAAGUUAUAGCCCAUCUCGCUCACCCAGUACCAGCCCCAAGUUCACCACCAGCUGUAUAACUGGAUAUAGCCCUCAGCUGCAAGGUCUGUCAUCAGGUGGCAGUGGUUCUUAUAGCCCCGGAGUGACCUUCUCGCCUGUCAGUGGUUAUAACAAGUUGGCAAGCUAUAGUCCCUCUCCUUCUUCUUCAUACCCUACCACUGUUGGCCCAGUGGAGAGCAGUGGAUUGAGAUCUCGCUACCGUUCUUCACCCACCAUCUAUAACUCCCCUACGGACAAAGAAGACUACAUGACAGACCUACGAACUUUGGAUACUUUUCUUAGAAACGAAGAGGAGAAACAACAUAGAGUCAAGCUGGGAAGCCCAGAUUCUACGUCGCCUUCCACCAGUCCUACUUUCUGGAACUACAGUCGUUCUGUGGGGGAUUAUGCACAAACUUUAAAGAAGUUUCAGUAUCAGCUUGCCUGUAGGUCUCAGGCCCCAUGUGCUAACAAAGAUGAAGCCGAUCUCAGUUCUAAACAAGCUGCAGAGGAGGUUUGGGCAAGAGUGACUAUGAAUAGACAACUUCUUGAUCAUAUGGAUUCUUGGACAGCUAAAUUCAGAAAUUGGAUCAAUGAGACGAUAUUAGUGCCACUUGUGCAAGAGAUUGAGUCUGUCAGCACACAGAUGAGGCGAAUGGGUUGUCCAGAGCUGCAAAUAGGAGAGGCUAGUAUUACUAGCUUGAAACAGGCUGCUCUGGUCAAAGCUCCACUCAUUCCAACUCUAAAUACGAUCGUGCAGUAUCUAGACCUCACGCCAAAUCAGGAGUACUUGUUUGAAAGGAUCAAAGAACUUUCUCAAGGAGGUUGCAUGAGCUCCUUCCGAUGGAAUAGAGGUGGAGACUUCAAAGGCCGCAAGUGGGAUACAGACCUGCCCACCGAUUCUGCUAUCAUCAUGCAUGUAUUUUGCACCUACCUUGAUUCCAGAUUACCUCCACAUCCCAAAUAUCCUGAUGGAAAAACAUUUACUUCUCAGCACUUUGUUCAAACACCAAAUAAACCAGAUGUGACAAAUGAGAAUGUUUUUUGUGUUUAUCAGAGUGCUAUCAACCCUCCCCACUAUGAGCUCAUCUACCAGCGUCAUGUCUAUAAUCUUCCAAAGGGCCGAAAUAAUAUGUUUCAUACAUUGUUAAUGUUCCUCUACAUCAUAAAGACUAAAGAGUCAGGAAUGCUUGGGAGAGUUAAUCUUGGUCUAUCCGGUGUGAAUAUUUUGUGGAUUUUUGGCGAGUAGUAGGUCAUUUAAUUCCAAACAUUUGGACUUUAUUUGACUGAAUCUGAAGUUGAAUCUAAGCAUCUCUGAGUCACUGCCCCUUCUGAAAUAAGAUGCAUGUGUGUAUGUUACAGACUCUAUAGAUUUCACAAAAAAUUAGCUAUUGUGAAACUUCUUUGUGAAAGUAUACUCUAUGUCUUAUACAUCAAGAAACAUUACCUUCAGUUUUUUAUCAUUUCAGAAAAAACUGCAACUCUUCAGAUUUGUGUUGACACAAAACAGUGCAGUUCCCCCUUAGCGUCGUUUUUCAUUGUAACCCCCAAAGGAGAAUCAUCCACCUGAUCCUUCCCCACAAAAUUUUUUUCAGUUGAGUUAUUUAGUAUAAAUACUUAAAAAGAAGCAAGUUGCUUGUUUUUUUUUUUUUAAUCUCAAUUUUCCCAGUGCUCUGCGAAUCAGCCCAAGGCCUAUGUUUAAAGAAAUGAGGUAAAUUUCUAAUAAUGUGUUAGUUAAUGUGUAUUUUUAAAAUAUUAUUUAAAGAAGUUUGACAGUAUUAGUGUUUUAAAAGUCAACACUUGGAUUAAAUGUAGCGAAUAGAAUUAAACUAUUUGCAUCUUAAUUAAGAGGCUGAAGAUGUCAAGAAAACUCUCGUUUUAAUUACUCCAUUUUACUAUUCCAUAAUAUUGAGUUCCCCUUCUUUAAGAUCAUAUGACAUCUUACCUCCUUAAACUUUUUAGAUAUGUUCAAAAUAUCUGGAGAAUACGAAAUUAGCAGGUUUGUAAGUUUUGCUUGACUUUUCUUUAUUUUCUUACAUGUAUAUGUAGUAUCUCUUAAGGCUAGCUAGUAAUUGUAUAUGUUUUGCGGAUUGACUGUUACUGGAGACUGGAAACAUCUAAAACCAGUAUCUUCUCAAUAACUGCACAUCAGUAUUACGCAGCUCAUUUGUAUGAUUUGUAAAUCCCAUUCCUGUUUUUUAAAAGUCUGAUGUCCAAAGAAAAGGAGGCUUCUAUCUUCUAACUGCUGUUGAUAUAUGCUGAGUUUGUUAUGGUAUUUUAGAAGAAACACCAGCUAAAUAUAAUAACAUGUUAAAAUCUAAGUGUACUAUUUAAAAAGUUGAUAAGCAUCCAAAAAAUGCAAUAUACCGUGAAUAUUUCGUGUAAAAAGACUAGAGAUACACAUUAAAAAAGAAAGCUGGUGUGGGUGACGAUACUGUGGGUAGCUUUCAUAUAUUAACUUGUCUUCACAAUGUUUGAGCCAGCAUAUACGCUAAUAGAGCUUUUAUUUAAAAAUACUUUGAUGAAUUAAGGAACACAGUGCACUGCAAAUAUGGUAGGUUUUUUUGGUCCUUGUGUUAAAAUGAGUAUCUACUUUUCUCUAAUUAAAUGUUAUUUAUACUA